AUGUCACUUACCCUCAGUGGUCAUGUGAUUGACAAAGAUGGUGUUGCUCCUGAUGAUGAUAAAAUAAAGAAAAUAAGAGACUUCCCUAUACCAACUACAUUAAGACAGCUACGCGCGUUUUUGGGUCUCGCCUCCUAUUAUAGGCGAUUAAUAAAAGGAUUUUCUAAGACUGCAAAACCCCUAAAUAAGUUAUUAUCAAGUGAAAUAAAAUUUCACUGGGCUAAAGAACAAGAUAAAGCUUUUAAUACCUUGAAAAGUCAUUUCAUUAUAGCUCCAAUUUUAAGGUAUCCCAAUUUUGAUCGGCCUUUUUACCUCCAUACCGAUACUUCAAUUACAGAGUUGGGUGCUGUGUUAUCCCAACUAGACAAUGAAGAUAAGAAGUAUGUUGUGGUAUAUACUAGCCGUAGUAUAAGUAAAGCAGAGAAAAAUUACUCUGUACCUGAGCUAGAGUGUCUUGCGGUUAUAUGGGCCGUUGAACACUUUCAUCAGUACUUAGGGUCAAAGCUCUUUUUCUUAAUUACGGACCAUUCCACAUUGAAGUGGCUAAGAACCUCAGAGUUAAAGGGUAAACGUGCCCGAUGGAUUAUGAGGUUGGAACCUUAUAAUAUCACCAUUAUUCACCGGGCCAGGCAUAAACAUAGUAACGCCGAUGCACUCUCCCGUCUUAAUGAUAAAGGAAAAGACCGAGAGGUUAUGGUUAAUUAUAUUAGUAUAGACACUGAUAAUGGGGAAGGUCCAAACACCCAAUGUUGGUGUGGUGACAAAUUAUACUCACCAGAGGACGACGACUGUGCAAAAUAUAAGUAUGACCUGAAAAUGUGGAUCACCAUCAAGGCUUAUCCUAUACAAGAAAUAGCAAAGUGUUAUUGGUCCAUGCUGAGUGUAGAAGAAGAAAUAGCCCACAUAACUGAAGCUCUUUAUGAAGAAUCUAAGAAGAGCAAAAAUAGUUUAUCAGAUCAUCGAUCUGAUGAAAAUCGAAAAAGAGUAAAAAGAAGAGUUAACCACCCUUUUAAUCCAGAUUUAAUAUUGAGCCAUCCUUGGUGGUUACCUGUGUUGGAAACACCUACACCCAGAUAUAAAGAAGAAUUUAAUAACUUUUCCAGGGCGUACCUUUGUAAUGCCACUUGGUGGAAAACUACAAACCCUACCAUGUGCGUCUAA